GGUCACAAUUUGGAUCACGCCCUUCCAAAAAAAAGCAUCCGCGCAAAUGAUCCUCAACAUAACCUACAAAGAAUAACCACUAGCAGAUGAAGGUUUAGGAAAUGUGACCCUCGAGAGGAAAAAUUCUCACAUUCUCCGUAUCUAUUCUGCAAGCCUAUUACCUACUAAUCUCAUGAAAACUCACCCAAGUCCAUAACCCCCACCCCAUUGGUCCCCACUGACGACAGAACAACCAAUCACCCCUCUCCCCUUCCAACAUCGCCAAAACUCCAAAAACUGAUGAUCACCAAUGACCCCAAAAAUCUUCACCGUUUCAUCACUCGUUCCUCUCGUUAUGUCGAGCAAAAUUCGUUCGUAAAAAAAGUAUCUCGUAUUUCAACGCGACAUAACCCCUUACAACAAAGUCGAUUUAACGUCGCAAAUAGAGAACGCGGCUUCCCAUAAGCCAAACAUGGCCGAACAAAGCGACCCAGCCAGUUGUUGAGUCCCUGUCCUGUCAAGCGAAUCCCUACGAAGGGUGCAAUAAUAUCAGAACAAUCAGCACCAAAGCAAAUAAACAAUAUUGUCGAAAAAAGCCAGCUGUCGUUCAUCAGUAAUGAGGCAAUGGAAAUAAAAUAUCAAAGGAAUAAUCACUAUUGUGAAAUAAUGUGGAAUUGACUUCUGUGUACGCAUAUGAUCGAGAGGAAGAGAAACGAUUGAUCCUUGAUAAUUGAAAAAUCUCAUCUGUUUAUCGAUAAUUAUGAGGAGUUCUUGUUAUGGGAGAGGAAGUGUUGAAAUUGUCUCGAGGAGGAUCAGUGACAUCGAGUGACAGUAACGGAAAAAGUGAUGAUAAUUUGUUGAUAAGUUUGAAAAUUCACCUGCAAUGCCUCAAAAACAUCAUUUUUUUUGUGACAAUCCAUGGGAAAGUGAGCAUCCGCCUUAUUUUUUGUGAGGUUAAACGAUUGAUGCGCGAUAUUUGGUCAUGAUGGACAUUGAGGUGGAAACUGGCAAGGAUAGAGCCGGUGAUAUUAAUUCCAGCGGCUCCAACUACUCGGGAAUGGUGCAUAGUAAAAAAGUUAUAAAGCAUGCAUUGAGACAACAGGCGAAGAGACGAAGAAAAAAUACAACAAUUGCGAGUGGUAAUUCGAGGGCACUGCCGCAGAUUGUUGUUAAACCACUGGCACCACCACCUGCACCUCCACCAGUUAUCACACCACCGGUGCCAGUUGAGGAUCCACCAGCUUCCAUACAGCAUAAUAUUGUUGAAGAGCCAGCAGCAACAAUGCGAGAAGUCCUGGCGAGUCUCCCAGGCUUCACUCUGAAGUCCUCCCGCCGAAGAUCCACGAAGAAGCUGUCAGCAGCUGCCCAACUGGAAGCGGGCCUGGUCGACUUGGAAUCCCCGGCAAGUAUCCUAGCCAGUACAAGCCUGCGAGCCCUCCUGAACAGGCACACCUUCCAGGGUCUUCCACCCCUGUACCAACGUAAACUGGCCCAACUAUUGCCAUCAGUGGAUCGUCAGGAUGCCGCAACCUCCGGUCUUAACAACGAAUUCUUCGCCCGAGCCUGCCUCGAGUGGAGGAAACGCCUGGCAGAGGGUGAGUUCACCCCUGAGAACCAGCAACGACUCAGGAUGGAGGCUGAAAGGGACAAGAACAAGCUCGAUCCCUGGAAGUUGAAACACUUCGAGCCCAUCUGGGGUGACAAGAGAGAGCCAAAAGUUCGUCUAGGUAUCCACUGCAUUAAUGAACCAAGAGCUCCACCUCAUGGAGGCGCUGUCACAAGAUCAAGCCUGAGAUUGAGACAGGAGAGCCAAGAGCCCAUUACAACCCCUAUAAUCCCACUUUCAAAACUAAUAUACACACGACAGAGUAAUCCUGACAAGACUGAAACUGAAACUGAGAAUGAGACUGAAGUUGAUACCGAAGUUGAUCCUGACAUCACUCCAACAAUCGAGGAUACCAAGAAGCCUGAGCUAGUUCCUCCAGUGUUCAAAGAGACGUCUCCAGAGCCCGAGGCACCCCAAGUGAUACCCGAGAGCUUGAGACGUCGAACAAUCGACGAACAACAGCCAGAUGUCGAAGCAGAGCAACAAUGUGAAAAUGCGUCCCAGGAUAUAGAUCUGGAGCACAAGCAAGAGGAGGAGAACUAUCCGAGGACAGAUGCGGCCAAUCCAGCGAUGAUCCAUGAGCCAAUGGAGAUAGAACUUCACGAUGAGUUGCCUGAGGAAAUUCAUGAGGAGGUCCAGCUUGACCUAAACCUCCCCAAGGCUUUCGAGGAGAAUAAUUUCGAGGAGAAUUCCCAGGAGGAGAUUCCACAGGACAUUCCCAGUGCUGUUUCUAAAGCCUCCCAAGUGGUGUUCCCACCAGAGGGCCCAGAGAUGUUCGUCUCAACGAUCAUUCCCCCGGCAGCUCCGCAGCCACAUAUUUCAGGGGAAUCAAUUAUCGAAAUCCCUCCAGAGUGCGAUCCUCCCAUUCUCAACGAUUGUCACACUCUGACAAUGAAUCUCGAUGUCAGUGAGAUAGCAUUGGGCCCCCCGGCAUCCUUCCAGCACUUUUCUCCCCCGAAACAAGACAAGAUGUAUGAAAUUCCAGAGUGCGAAAAUGCAGCUGCUGUGGAGAGUAUCUGCGAGCCUGUCAAGACCCCACAGGAUCUGAUAAUUAACGAGCACGUGAUAAAUGUUCAGAUAGAGAACAACGGAAUGCCGCCAGUAAUGCCCCAGAGUGUACCAGAUACCGAGCCGCUACCUGAGGAAAUGGAGAUUGAUUCCGAAACACUCCAGAGGAUCCACGAGCUGGAGGUACGAGGAGAGAUGAGAGAGGCUUACGAGGAGAUAUCAGGAUGCACUGAGGAGAUCAUCUAUCCCAUUCUCGAGGGCAUGGACAUGGGCUCCCAUGGGUCUGGGCAGCCAGAAAGCCAGAAUGGAGUGGUCCAGAGUGUGAAAAUCAGGCAGACGCAAAUGCCAGAGUCUAAUGAGGAGGAAGAACUUAGGGAUGCCAACAACUACGUUUGCUCGGAGAUGCUAGACUGCAGUUGGAGUGUUAAUCCACCUGUGGUUAAUAAUUCAAGAAUGCAGGUUUCAACACAAGAUAUUCAGGUGCCGUGGCCACUGGUGGCUGCUGCCAUUGAUAGCUCAGUCGCUGCUAACAUCACUGUCACCACUCAGGAGGACUGCAGCGAUACCUCAACUACCACUGACUCUACCACAAGUAUCACUCUUCCUCAGGUGGUCCAACAGGUUCAGCAAGUUCAACAGGUUCAGCAAGUUCAGCAAGUUCAGCAGGUUCAGCAAGUUCAGCAAGUUCAGCAGGUUCAGCAGGUACACCAAGUCCAGCAAGUUCACCAAGUCCAACAACUACAUCAAGUCCAGCAACUCCAUCAAGUCCAGCAAAUACAUCAACUUCAACAAGUACACCAAGUGCAGCAAGUACAGCAAAUGCAGCAAGUACAGCAAAUGCAACAAGUCCAGCAAGUGCAACAAGUCCAGCAAAUGCAGCAAGUUCAGCAAUUCAGCAAUGAGGGCCUCAACACCUCUUGCGGCAAUGAGGGAAUGAACUGUGUGGCACUUCCUGUGGCACAGGCCACUCCAUUCGCUGAGACCAUGACUCUCAAUGCUCCUGUUACCUCUUGUCUUCUCAAGAAUGUACAGCAGAGUGCUCCCAUUAUCGCUUUUCCUCCUCUCCAGUCCAUCAGAUUUGUCCCCAGGUUUCAGCCAACUGUUAACCCGAGAAUUCAAGGAACUCAUAACACCAUUGGCAGAAUUACCACUGGCAUAAGGCCCAGUAUUCCACAUGUACCUGUUGUUCAGGGACAUCCACAGAGUGCAAUAGUUGUUCAACAACAUCAGACUGCCAUUUCGGUGCCAGCUGUCACACAGGGGAGGCAGAUUGUUGCUAAUAUGCAGCCACAAUAUACUAGUCCUAAUGUUAAUCCGAGAUCGAGGUCUGGAGGGCAGGUGGGGUACAGGGGAUCCAGAAAUAGUGGUAAAGAGCAGGGCGGGAGGAGCAGGAGCUCGACGAAGGAACCGCCUGGUGCGGUCAAUCUCGAGAGAAGCUAUCAGAUCUGUCAAGCGGUAAUUCAAAGUUCUCCAAAUCGUGAUCAAUUGAAGGCCCACCUGAAGCCCCCUCCGAGCCUGUUGGCCCGUGGCGAUGGUACGUUCACCACCACUAAACCUGGUGGGAGAACGAUAACAACCCUCAAGUCCCCGAGACAACCGAUCAGCCACAAAAAAUCAAACAACACCCAGACGGUGAUGCUGCGCCAGGUAUUCACAACUACUCGUCCGCAGCCUGUGGAGAUGGCCGAGGUCACCCCCACGACAGCAGUUGCCCAGUUGGGUGCAGUUGCUGGCAAUGGAGCUCCCAAUUUCGGACAGUACAUCCUUGUUCAAAGAACUGGAGUGAGUGAUGGUGCCCCAAGGGCUUCUUCAGCACCUCCUUUACCCCCUCAAAUUGCAGGACUUGGGGUGGGGGUUCAUCUAGUGAGAGGAAGACCUGCCAGCGCUGGUGAGGGCUCACAUCAAGCUGUCACACUCAAGGCACGAGGAGGAGUUGAUGGACGAGGUGGUGGUGGAGCUGAAGCUGCUGCACCAGGUGUCAUCAUGGGGGGAGAUCCUCCUCCACCCUGCGAAUGCCACAUGAGGGGCGCUAUGGUCAUCUGUCUACAGUGCGGAGCCUUCUGCCAUGAUGACUGCAUGGGACCUCAGAGAAUCUGCGCCACUUGCCUCAUUCGCUGAUAAUUUGUUUCUUAUUUAGAGGUAUUUAUGUGCUCAAGGGGAAGAGGGAGUUUUUUUUGGCAAAAAAAAAAUUUUCUUUUCUCGAAAUUGCUUUCAAGGGGUCGGGAUGCGAUUCAUAGGAAAUUAAUGGUUUUUAAAAUUGUUUUUUUUUAGUGUCUUGAUCAAUGAGAAUGCAACGAAUUUAGCACUUUUUCCGGUGAUAUUACUCAUGAUUAUAAUAAUUGAGAGAUUAAUGAUUCAGAUUCAUUCGUAAUUGGUUGUUUUGUAACGAUUUUGAGAGGGUUGAGCUAUUCUGGAGGGAAGUGAUCAUUGAAAUUAUCUUGAAUUAUUAUCAAAGAAAAUGUCAAUAUCUCUUUGCAAGAGAGAAAAUUCUGUACCAUAAGAUUGUGACAUUUUCUGGUUAAUAUUAUCCAUGAUGAAGAUAAUUCAAAGGAUAGAAAAUCAGAUUAAUUUGGAUCUGAUUUAAAAAAUUGUUUAUUUUGUAAAUAUUUUGGUUUUUAAUGGUGAAGUGACAUAAUUUAGGGAAUUAUAAUUUUUUGAUUGAAUUUUUCCAAUUGUGAAAUGCGAAUUUACCAUGAAACGAGUUGUUUUUUUGGAUGAAUAUCCAUAGACAUUUUGGAAAUUGAAAUUUCUAUAUUCCUCCACCACUUGAGCGCAAAAAUAAAUUCAAUACGGAAAUAAAAUUUCCAGCAAAAUGUAAACAAAAAAGCAUCCACAGGAAUUAGAGUUCAAAUUCAAAUGAAAAACGUAAUUACCUAAACUUUAAUUAAUUAUAGUUUUAUUUAUAAAAUGCAAGAGCAAUUUUUCUCUACGUGAAAUACUGUCAUUUACUCAUCAUCACGAAUGAAUGCAUUUUUCAUUAAUAUAUCUCUAAUUUUAAUUCAAUUGUACAUUAAAUUAUCAACGUGUAAUAUUCAACGUACAGAAAAAUUGUUCAUCACCAACAUCACGAGAAGAAUCAUUUUCUCACUUUGUUUUACGUGUAGAUAUUUUUUUUUAUACUAUUGUAUAAAUAUUUUUCUAAUUACGCUACCUGUGUUUGUCCAACUCGCGCCAUAUAUUUUACUAUUUAAAAUAGAAGGAAGAGAAAACAACUGAAGAAAUUUAUUUCAUUAACUUUAUCCUAUUGUACACGCUUACUGCGCGAUGAAGCUCAACUAUAUAGGCAGAAAAUGAAUUUAGAUGAGAGCAUUAAUGAUAGUGAUUCAGUAUGUCAGUAGUGAUGUGAAGAAGUGCAAUAGUUAAUUAAACAUGAUGAUGAAAUAUUGAAAACAAAUUUUUGGUUGAAAUUCUAAUUUCUAACAAAAUUUGAUUUCGUUUUUUUUUUAAUUUAUCGUUGCAAAAUGUCGUUGGACUUCAUCAGAUCACUCCGGAUAUCAAUUGACAGCCACAAUAUCGCCUCGUUACAAUGCAAUAAUUGAACAGUUGUAAAUAAUAAUCGAUACUGUUCUUCAAAAAUUUCAGGUAUUAUUUUAAAAAAUGAUACUGCAGAGAUCAAUAAUUAUCGGUUGAAUUUCAUCCACGAAUGGAGCAAUACCCACGAUGAUAUCCAUAGGGUAUAAACAAUUGUAAACUGUUUAUUAUUAUAAACAAUUAGAUUCCAGCAGAUUAAACAAUUGAAUAAACAUUCAAUGUAAAAUUCACUCUUCAAUUUAUUAAAUCCUCGAUCAAGGAUAUGGAAUUCAUUGAAAUAAUUCCGAUAAAAGGGAAAUAGAUUUUUUAAUUAAAUAUUGAUGCCUUUUUAUUUGAUUUAUUUUACAAUUCGAUGCUUCUAUUCAAUAGUUGCCAAGCCAUCAUAAAUAAUUUGUGCAAUUCACUUCCAGACUCUUCACAUUGAGGGAAACACUCGAAGUGAUUUGCAAAGAGAAUAAGUCAAAAUGCCGAAAUCAUGAGAUCGAUUACAGUUACAUAAAUAAAUAGUUACACAAAUUCAUGUAGAAAAAAAAUGUAAUUUAACUAACAUAUUCUAAAUUUUAACGUCUGAUACGAAGGACUGGAUGAAAGAAUUCAGUUUGUUGUUGUUAAUUUUGAACUUAAAGGGUGAAAUGAUUUUUGAGACGAAUUUCAAGUGAUUUUAUUCCAAAAUUGUAUUUGAAAUAAAAAAAAAAUAAAUUAA